UUUUGAGGGUUGAACUUAAAACUGCUGAAGUAUAAGGAAAUAUUCUGUUUGCGGGCUUAACAGUUACUGUUGAAAAUAUCGUUAAAAUGAAAAGUUCUAAUGAAGACAAAAUUAAUUUCCUAGUAUAUUUACUCUGGAUAUUGAAUUAUAGAAUUCCACUUUGUUCCACAUGUAAAAUCCUUGUCGAACUUUGUUGAAAGACCUAAAGGCAUGUGCAAACAGAGCGGAUGAUGGGAUAGAUGACAGAGCCUACUUAAAGUAUACAGCUUAGUGAGGUGAUUUCAUGGAGAAACCUUCAAUUGAUUAUUGUUUUCUGCCGUUAAUUUUAAUAAAAUGAAGAAACCGUAAUAUGACAAAAAUCCUACUACUAACUUAAUGUGAAAUGUUAGUUGCUGAAAGGUUUGUAAAGUUGUUUCAUGGAAAAACCCUCUCCAGAAAGUUACUGUUAUAUAACUUUUAAAGGAAUUAAAUAACUUGUUUUGGAAUGAGACUUUUGACAUAAUGAAUGGGAAAUGUGAAGUGAUUUUGUUUAGUGUUUAUUUGGUGUUAGUUGCAAAGGAACACAGAUCUUGUUGAGAAAGAACAUUUACAGUUGUCUUCUUGUGAAUUAAGGUGGAACAAAAUGUGUUUUGAAUGUUCGAAUGUUUAAGUGAAGAUAAAUCAUGAGCAGGAGCAGAUGAUCUUUUAUGCUCUUUGCAUAUAAUGUUCAGGUGAAAAGUAUUGAGUUUCUUGAAAGCUCUGAAUAAACAUAAUUUAUAAAGUUUUUAUUGUUGUUGAUAAUAUAUGUAUCAAUUAAAUGUUAACAAAUAAAAUUAAAGCCCAUUAUCUAGCAGAUGUCAGGGUAGAGAACUUAUCUAUUCUUAAAAAUACUUUUGAAAAAUGUGGACUGAAAAGGGAUUAAAUUCAGACAAUAAAAGAUGCAUGUGGAGUUUUAAACUGCGCGUUUAAAGUAAAGUGGAUGCAAAACUUGCUAAAAUGCAUGUGAGGCCAGCUUUAGAAUUUGUUAAGCCUAUUUUACGGAUGGGACUGAUUUUGUGCAAUUGUGAACAAGAUUUGCUUUGAUUUGCAAAAUAAUAAGCAUAGAGACUGCUGUGUGUGUCAUUAGCGACAGAAUUAUUUCAUUUCCAUAUGAUGGAGUCGUAUUUCGGACAGGCUGCAUUUAGAGCCUCCUUGAGGAGUCCAAGAAUUUUGAGCAUAGACAGGAGUAAGACAAUCAGUCGAAACAGCACUCGAUCUAGAAAGUCGCGUCUGGACACUUCUGGAAGUCAGGCCUUCAAAGGUCAAGGCUCGGACACAGAGAGCGACGAUGAACGAAAAGUUGCAAACUUCGAGGCUGAUUUCAACACUUUAGACAUUCACGAUGAAAAGGCCUUUGAUACAGAUCUGGAAGUGGAAGGAGUGAACAAAAAUCCACACAUAGUAGACGGCGUGUUGGACUUUCAGUCCUUACGACUAGCCUACUGUGAACAAGCAGCUAGAAUGAAACAGAAAGGCCAAACAGAAGCCAACCAGUCAUCGUCCUACGACCACACAGGCAAAACUUCCUACAUCGACACAUGUAAGAAACUGGGUGUGGUCCCAGCCUCAUUCUUCCUGCGGCACAUGCACGACCCACACCUGAACAUGAGGCAUCAUGGUCUGGGACCUGCCGGGAUGCGGGCGUUGGCUGAGUCAUUAUCAACCAACAGUCAGGUAUUACAACUCGACCUCAGUGACAACUCGCUUGGACCUCAUGGCGGUAUUGCAGUGUGUGAAAUGCUCAAGGAGAAUUGCUUCAUCACAGAACUGAAUCUUUCCGAAAACCAUCUGGGGACAGAGUGUGCGCCUGCAUUAGCAAACAUCAUGCAACAAAACAGCACCCUCACCCACAUAACGCUGGCAGGCAACGAUUUUGAUGACCAUUCUGCUCCUUAUUUUGCUGAAGCUAUAUUGAGCACAACAAAAGUGCAGGUACUGGAUCUAAGUCACAACAACUUUGGUGACGUGUCUGGGACCAUUCUGGGCCCUGCAAUAGCCGACAACACAUGCAUCAAGGAGCUGGACCUCUCGUGGAACUGCCUGAGAAGAAAGGGGGCCGUGGCCAUUGCACAGGGAAUCAAGAACAAUGUGUACAUGAAGAAAAUCAACCUAUCCUGGAACGGCUUUGGGCUUGAGGGAGCGGUGGGUCUACAAGAUGCUCUGAAGGGAAACUCUGUGUUAGAAGAGCUUGAUAUCUCAAACAAUCGAAUAACAACUGAAGGGGCAGUGGUCAUAGGAAAAGGGCUGUCCGCCAAUGAGACACUUCUGGUUCUGAAGAUGGGUAAGAACCCGAUGCAGAGUGCUGGGUGCUAUGGAAUCUGUGCGGCUAUAUUGCGCAAUCCAAACUGUGUGCUCAAAGUCGUCGACUUCUGUGACAUCCUCGUCAACAAAGACUUUGAGGAGGUAUUUGCGCAGGUGAAAGUUCAGCUGCCCAGCCUCACACUGACGCAUGGGGGGAUGGAGCCCCCGACCAAACCCAAGGCCAAGGUCCACCCAAUGACAAAACUGGUCAACUACAUCGAGAAACACGAGCUACGCCUCGUGGACUUCUUCAACAAGUUUGACAAGGACGGAAGUAUGAGUGUUACUCAUGAGGAGUUUGUGGAGGGAAUUGAGACUGCAAGAAUUGCCAUAAGAAAGCAUGCAAAGGAGACUGGGAUCAAGCUAACUGCUGAAGAAAUAGAAAUUCUCCUGGAUGUGCUCGACCGAGACGGAGAUGGAGAGAUCAAUUACAACGAACUAGUUGUCAGUCAUGUGGAUUUCCAAGAGAAGAGGGAGCAGAUAAAUACAGUGUUGACAGUGAUGCAGCCUCGCCCCAUGACCACUUGACCCCUGCUCGCACAGUGCUUUUUGGCCAAUUCAGUGCUGGUAUUCGGCCCCAUUCCCAAUGUCAUCAAGAAUAUUUUACCCAAGUGACUGGCUUGCCUAGAUAUCCCAAAUGAAGGUUACCAUGUUUUUUGAGUGUAAUAAAAUGGAACAUUUAGUUAAUUUGCUGGUCCAGGUCUGUAUAUAUAACCUAGGUACAUUUAAUUUUCCCAAUCUAAAGGGCCCAACCCAAUCACAGAGUUUACGAUCAAACAAAUGGUAGAUUUGAGGAAUCCACGAAAUUUUCAUUUCAACAUAAAUAAAUGAAUCUAUUAUGACUAGUGGCCACAAUGAAGGGUUUAUUUAUGACCAAUGGUCAACUUUUAAUGACCAAAAGGAUAAUUUUAGAACUAAAGUAUUGGUAUACAAUGGAAGCAUACAUUUUGAAAUUUACAAUAUUUGUUCAUGUUAUUUUGGCUGGAUUGGUCGUUGUCAGCUCGGGUACUACUUACAUUGUACCCGGGUACUCUUAAGUAUACUUACAUGUACCCCGGAUACAGGAAAAAAUAUACUUAAUCGUACGCGGUCGAUAUUAGACUGUACCAGAGUUUUAUUCCCGCCCAAAAUCCGAUGUCAUAAAACGGGCUACCGAUUAUUUUAAACAAACUUCUUUUUACAAAAACUGCAUCAACAUGCUUUUUGAGUAUGUUUGUCGAUAAUAUAGAGGUCAUUUUACAGAAAAUUGACAUAAAUGUGAAUAUAAUCAAUUUAAUAAAAUUAGCCGACCAAGAAUGAUUUAGCAAUGAAUUUCCCAGGUACGUUUGAGUAUAGUUACUGUACCCAGGGGUACAUGUAAGUAUACUUAAGAGUACCAGGAGUACAUGUAAGUAGUACCCGAGCCGACAAUGACCAAUCAAGCGUUAUUUUGUGUGUGUUAACUUGUAUGAAAAACAGGGUCAAAUUUUACAAUGUUUUUGUAAAAUGUGUCUUCUAUGCAGAGCUCCAGAUAAGGAUUUAGUCUAAAGGGUAUUUCACCACCUGAUAUUAUUGGUAAAGUGUUUUUUAUUCCUUUGUUCCAGCCAUGAAGGGUAUUUAGGAAUAUUUAGGGGUAUUUUCCAUUUCUAUAGAAAGCUGAAAAAGUAAAUGGCGUGUUUAAUCUAGAAAUAUUAUUAUUUGCUAUUUAUAUUAUUAAAUGCAAACAGAAUUAGUUUAAAAUGACGAUUUGAACAAACUUUCUUUAAAAAUAUUGCCGCAGGUCGCUUAAAACGUCCCUUUUUUGAUCGACAAACAUGAUAGGCCGUCAUUGUUAUUACAAGCUUAUUUUGAUUGACUUGCUUUUUAUUCAAUGGUUAACGUACACUAAAAACUCAACUGGAUUAACCGGUUACGCACUUUAAUCGAUUUAAAAUACGUACCAAGAUUUGUGUUGCACUUUGUUACGUACUGGGCCGAUUUUUAAUGUUUUUGUGUUUUUUUUUCAAUGCGUAAAUACGCAGAUACGCCUCUUAUCUGGAGCUCUGCUUCUAUGUGACUACUUAAACAUGUUAUAAAGACUUCCUAUAAGUUUUGUUAUAAAGACUUCCUAUAAGUAUUCUUUUAUAAACAGAUGUUGGUUUUUGUCAUUAAAAUAUCAGAUAAGUAUUUUUACUAAUAAAACACACUUUUUGCCUUCUUACACUUCAGUAGGGUUAAAUAAAAAACUUUACAUCAGUCCAUGACAUGUAAGAUGCCAUUAUGCACAGAUAAAUGUUCAUUUAGAAAAAGUAUCAUUUUAUAAAAUUAAAAGUGAAAUUGACAGAAAAAUUUAUCUCACAGUAUUAACUCCAUUGAGCCUUCUUUAUUUUAAGUAGAAAUUUACAUAUUGUAUUAUUAUUACAUAUAAUAUGUUGAAAUAAAAUUUAUUACUUGUCAGAAUUAUUAAUUUAAUUAUCACCAUUGACAUUAAGCAUUAAGCAAUACAAGUUUAUCUGUAAAACUUGUUUGUAUUGUGUUGUAUCAAAUGAUUUGACUGCUAAACUUUUGUUUAAAGUGCUUUGAAAACAAACUUUGACACAUUUAAGAUAUUCAGAUAUUUUUAUGUAUUGAAAUAUGGCAGUUUUUCUUUACAUGCUUGUCAUGUUUUGAACGAAAAAUUGAACCAAAGCAACACACAUGAUUUAUGUGAAACCUCUAUACAUAUUUUUGUAAAAAGGUCUUGUGGACUAUUUCAGAAACUUGAAUGUUGAUGUUUGUGCUGAUAAGAGUUCAACAAAGAUGUAUUAACUUAUAUUUGAAAGUGACAGUAUGAAAAUUUAAAGUGAUGCAAUCACAGGGUGGGGCAUUACUGGGGAAUUGACAAUUUGUGAUAAUUAGAAGAGAAGUCAUUUUCAAUAAUAAGGAUGAACAUGUGAUGCUGUGAAAAUGAUGAGUUUGUAAUCAUGUGGAAAAUACUAUUACUGUAUUGAGCAGCAGAAUAUUGUUGUAGUUAGUUGUACUGCCAUAUGAUGUUAUUUAUGUUUUAUUGAUGGGUUGUUUUCUUAUCAAUUUGCACAUGAUAGGGUUUGCUAGUGUUAAAGGUCUAUUGUAUUUUAUCUGGUAAUUUACAGAAAUUGGGUUCUUCUGUUCAAAAGGGUGUUGUUUUUCUUUGUUUGUGUUUAUAAUAAUUGUUCCAAAUAUGACUGUAUUAGAUUGAAUUGAUUCUAUAUAUGGAGCUGCAUCAAAUUAAGAAGCAAUAUACAAAAUAUAGAUUGUAAAAAUGUCAACAAUUUUCAAAAUGAGAAAGGUCAUGUUUGUUAUGACACAUUAUUUAUAUGCUUAAAGCUUUACAUGAUUCUGUAUGUACUAGUACCAUGCAUUCAAUUUUAGAAGAAAUGUUUUAGUUGUUUGCACUUUUAUCGAAAAUUAUUUAUUGAAAGUUUAUGAGGCUGUGUGUUAUUUAGCAUAACCUGAUAAAAUGAUGAGAGUGCUUUGGGUAAUUUUAAAAUGCUGUUUGUGAUUUGCAUAAUUAUAUUAAAAGUACAGGUAUUAUAUGCUCAAACUGUGAUAAAUUUGUGAAAUAUUUUAUAAAAUGUAUCUGUAUUAAUAUAUUCAUAAAAAAAGGUAUGGAAGCAAAAUAUUAAUUGUUCUGUUACUUAUAUAGGAUAAACUCCCCUGAAUUCAUGUAAGAUAAGCAGUCAUUUGCAAUGUAUGUUAACAUAUGUUUGCUUACAUAAAAGUGUUUUUAUUCCCCCGGUAGGAGGGCAUAUAGUGAUCAGACUGUCCGUCCGUCUGUCCAUCUUUCUGUCACACUUUUAGGUUUCAAAAAAUGCUCAUAACUUCGAUGUCCCUUGAGAUGUAACCUUCAUAUUUGGUAUGAAUGUGUAUAUGGACCAGGCCUUUCCAUACGCACACACAUUUUGAUCCCUGUGACCUUGAAGUUGAACUUUGGGUUUGCAUUUAGGUUUCGAAAUCUGUGUUUAGGUUUCGAAAAAUGCUCAUUACUUCUAUGACCCUUGAGAUGUAACCUUCAUGUAUAUGGACAAGGCCUUUCCAUACGCACACAAACUUUGACCCCUGUGACCUUGACCUUGAACUUAGGGUCCGUGUUUAGGUUUCGAAAUCUGCUUUUAGGUUUCAAAAAAAGCUCAUAACUUCUAUCCAGCGUUUAUAGGGGGCAUAACUUCAUCCUAUGGUGACAGCUCUUGUUUCUUGUGUCAAUUGUCAGCAUUAUAAAUUAUGCAAAAUAUGAAUUAACAUGUAUAUGCUUGAAAGUAAGGAACUGUUGGUAACAUGUUAACUACUUGUAUAACUUUUCUUUUGCCCUUUGAAAAUUGUGUUUCAUGUAUAUAUCAUUAUAAUUAAUAUAUUUUAUGAAAUUAUUUCUGUUAUUUCAGAUACAUUAAACUUUUCACAAUUAAUGAACUACUGGUACUUAAGCCAAAAUAAUCUUUAUUAUAGCAUUAUGCACUAUAAUUGUCAUAAUAUUAUGUUGAUUAAAAUGAUUAUCUGUUUUAUUUUGUCACACACAAAAAUGUUUUGACGAUGAAGUUUUUUUGUUCAUAGCAGUGUAAACCUUUCUGAAGUGCUGACAUUUUACAUGAAGGUAUGAAAAUGACAUUCUGUUGUGAUAUAUUUUAAAUAAUGCUCAAUUUUAGCUCACCUGUCACAAAGUGACAUGGUGAGCUUAUGUGACAGUGUGAUGUCCGGCGUGUGUGCGUGUGUGUGUGCGUGCAUCUGUUUGUGUAGACAGUAGUGGUCACAGUAUUCAUCCAAUCUUUAUGAAAUUUGGUCAGAAUGUUCAUCUUGAUGAAAUUUGGGUUGGGAUUGUAUUUGGGUCAUCUGGGGUCAAAAACUAGGUCACUAGGUUAUAUAAUAGAAAAACCUUGUGUAGACAAUAGAGGUCACAGUUUUCAUCCAAUCUUUAUAAAAUUUGAUCAGAAUGUUUAUCUUGAUGAAAUCCGGGUUGGGAUUGUAUUUGGGUCACCUGGGGUCAAAAACUAGGUCACUAGGUCAAAUAAUAGAAAAACCUUGUGUAGACAAUAGAGGCCACAGUUUUCAUCUAAUCUUUAUGAAAUUUGGUCAGAAUAUUUAUCUUGAUGAAAUCUGGGUUGGGAUUGUAUUUGGUUAGUCAGGUGAGCGAUUCAGGGCCAUCAUGGCCCUCUUGUUUUAUAUAAUGCAUGUUUAUGUUUCUAAAGAACAACAUAACACAGCAAAAGAAAAUGUAAUGCAAUGUCUCUUUAACUUAGUGUCGUUUUGGGGUUAUUAAUAAUCUCUCAUCUUCACCUGUAGUGCUGUCUGGGACUUAGGCCUCCAACCUGAUUCUUCGGGGUCAUUUACAUUCUGUUUAUGGGUUAUUUAUAGCUGGUCAAGGGAUUAUUUAUAGCCAGUUUUAUGCAUAGCUUAAUUUGAAACAGUUUUGACAGAUUUGCUGACAACUUCACAUGUGUUUCAAAAUCAAUGUUGUUUGCAAGCUGUUAUAACAAUUUAUGAACAAAUAAUGUAUUGACCAUACAUUGUUGUUUACAUGCCUGUUGUCAUGGUGUGUAUUAGAAACAAAAUUCACCAUUAUUGAAUUUAUUUUGCAAACAUUACAGGUAAAUGAAGCGCUUUUACAUUUUUAUUGUUAAUGCUGUCUGCCUCAAUAAUAAGAGAUCAUACAGAGUUCACCUUAUUUUUGAGAACAUAUAUACAGAUUUUCAAAUAAAAUGGCAAAAAUAUUUAGCAUGGUUACACCAUGUGUGUAACAAAAGAACCUGAUCCCUAGGUGUAGGUCAAGGUCACACUUUCAACGUUAAGGUCAAAUGUGAUAUUUUCAGUCCUAAGUUUUGUCUGGCGCAUAUAUUUGUCCAACACAAAAGAAAAUUUGAAUGACAAGCCACCAUGUGACAUCUACAGUCUUUGUUUGCGUAGUCUUCUGUGUCAAGCACAAGCACAAUCUUUCAUGUAGCUUAUUACUAAAAAAGUAUUUAAUACAUCUUAAAGGGUCCUUUUCACGUUUUGGUAAAUUGACAAUAUUUUAAAAAGUUGUUUCAGAUUCGCAAAUUUUCGAUUAAGUUAUGAUAUUUGUGAGGAAACAGUAAUACUGAACAUUUACCAUGCUCUAUUAUAGCCAUUAUAUGCAUCUUUUUAAGAUUUAAAAACCUGAAAAUUAUAAAGCAUUGCAACGGGAAACGAUUGAAUAAUUUGGAGAGUUUUGUUGUUGUCGUUUUAUUUUGUGAAACUACGAAGACUGCUUAUUAUUAUUAUUAAUAUAGUAUAAAAUACAGCUUUCAUUGCAUGCAGAAGGAUGGCUGAGGGGUCUAAGUGGUAGACUUUUUACAGUGGUUCGAGCCCUGUUGAGGGAUACUUUUUUUUCUUUUUUUUUAUUCUUGAUUUUUUACUGGAGCUUUUUAGAGCAAAUGUUUACAUUUAUCAAUAGAAAGCAUUUAAUGACAAACUUCAAAACAUGUCAAAAUCUUUGAAAAGGCCCCUUUAAUUUAAAUAAAUGCAAAAUAAUAAAUUGUGCUGAUUGCAUGACUCCAGCCUUGUGGUCUGACCAUAAAGCUCAAAAGAAUAUUAUCCUUUUCCAAAAUUAAGUGAAUUAACAUGUAUAUUAGCCAUGCUAAUGGAAAAUGAGGCGUAAUGGCAUUAACCAUGAGGAUGAUGAGCAUAAAAUAUUCUGGAUUGGUAUGAGUAGUCUACACAGGCUAAUCAGGGAUUACACUUUCUGUUCUUGAGGAAUUUGUUGUUUAAAGAAAGACUUCUUAAGAAAAAUCCAGCUUUGGGGGAAAGUUUUCUCUCCCCAUCUGGGAUGGCACUGUAGGUAUAUGCAUUAAAUCAUGUUUUCUCUGAGCCAGGCUCACAUGAUUUUAAGUGAUCAUACUUUUAACUUAAGGCUUUGUUGAGCAGUUAGUAUGGUUAUACACAUUUGCAAUUUUAUUUUUGGAUAAGUAUAUAAUUAUAACAUAAGUAUUUGCUUAAGAUGUUAUUCCAUUGCCAAGCAAAAUGGAGCACUUGUGUAUUAAUAGUAUAAAUAUUUGGCACAUGUUUCAAAUAGGACAGCACUGGAAAAUGUCUUUAAAUGUAUGGUUAGGUAUGUACCCUACCAGUUAAGGUGUCAACUGCCAAAUAGUGACCUUUAUGCAAUAUGUAACAUGUAUGCAAUGUGCUUAAUGUUUCAAAAGAAUAUAAUUUAUUUUUGCAAGAGUUAUUUCAUUUUGACAGUAUAGUGACAUAUCAUUAUGUCAGAUUGUUACAUUUGUACAUAGUAAUACAAUUUUAAUGUUCUGUCUGUCAUUUCUUCAAAUUUGUGGUGAAUUUUAUUCAAUUGCUCUCCAGAGUGUUAACAUUUAUUAAACUGCAACAUACAGAAUAA